GAGUUCAUUCUUCUUCUACUCGUGGAUUGCUUCGAGAACACGACCAGUUCGAAACAAGAGCGAGUGCGCAUGAAAACCCUCUUCUCUUGACAGAUUCUCUUUCUGGUUUUUCAUUAGUUGCCUAAUUCUGUGUUGGGCCUGUUUCUUUCUUUUCUUUGAUGUAUAUUUGCUAUUAAAUAACGGCGCUGCUCAUACAAGACACAUACGUGAUCAGGCAUUAGCAGCAUUCCUUGUAAAACACCCAUACCUGCAUAAACAUUUAUUUUUUUCUUUUUUUCCCCUUGCCCUCAUUCCGAGACCGCCCAUCUCCUAAACGCUCCCGCGCGGCGGAAUCUGUAGCUACAGUCUGAAACAUGUCCCGUGUCAGCACGGCAAGCGCCGCUGUCUCAAAGUCUGUGUUCAACGCAAUGCAGCUCCCCAACAUCCCGCGCCUCACCACGGAUGAGAAGAGUCGCUCCAAGUAUAUUAGCGAGUACGAAAAGUUCGAGCCAGAGCUGCGACGACACCACAUCGGAACGCCCGAAACGACAAACACCCUCGGUCUGAAAGACGUACCCGCCGACUUCGACCGCACGGUGCCGUCGAUUUCAGAGCCGACGAAGGCGGAGAUUGAGUUCGCGCGACAGCAUUCCACCCGCGCUCGCAGCGCCAAGAAAUCAGUAGAUGGGGGAGCCAAGCUCACAGCAUUCGCCGCUGCUGCUGCCUCUCGACCCGCCACCAGCAACAACGCCAUGUCAGCCCUGGCAGCGAAAAGAGGCACCAUGGAGGGCCGUCUCUCCAGCGCACGAGAGUCUUUAUUCGAGGGACGACUUCCCAGUGCAUCCAAGCAGCGGCCGUCGUUUAUCACGGCGGUGCAGCUCACCGAAGCGGCAGAGACGGCGACGGCAACGGAGGCGGCGGCCUCAGCGGACGCGGCAGCGGUGGACGCAGGACAGCCGUUGACCCCUCCUGAGCCUCGAUUCCCCACGCCCCCUUCUCAGCGUUCCUUGCUCGAGACGCGUGCGCCGGAUGGAAAGGCACAGAUGACGAGUCUGUCACGCAUGCGCAGCGCGCCACCUCUCACCAAGACCACCACGGCCACCGCUAAUGCCGCUGCCCCCGCGCAACGGAGCAUGACUCCUCCGCGCAGCAACUUUGUCCGGUGGACGCGCACCGAUCCCUCCGUACCACCACUGCCGUCCGCGGCAGUCAAAGACGCCGCCUCCGCGGCCGAAACCGCGCGUGUACUCUGCGUGCUGUUGGAGCCGCCAACGCAGUACGUGACGUCGCUGGACCUCGACCUCUCCUGCUUCGAUCUUGAGUGGCUGCGUUUGGGUGCUGUGCCUCCACGUCACCGGACUACCAUCUCCAACUACAAUGACGCGCCCGGGGCGGACACCCACCCGGCGAAGAUCAACUCACCCCGCUCCGUCAUCACACUUCUCGAGCACGGCGUCUCGCUCAAGGAUUGGGCCGGCGGCAGCACUGACAGCAGCACGGCGGGAAGUGCCGGCGCGCGGUCGCCGCCGCCGUCUGCAGGACAGAGUCCGCGUCUGCAGGCGGAGCUGCAGCAGCACCGUGUCGCUCGCGUCCUCGCUCGGCAGAAGGCGGUGCGCGAGGAGCUGGAGAGCAGCUACCAAUCCCUCUGCGCACUCGCGCCUUUGCAGGAGCUUUUAACGUGCUACCGACAGGUGCGUAGUGCCAACGCACACACCGAUGCCGACCUCGGCGACGAAGAGAAGGCCUCGCUGUCCACGGUGGUGCUGCAGCGGCAGGAGCGGCAGCGCCGCGUCUUUGAGACGAACAAGAUGCGCAUGCUGCGGCAGGUGCAGCAGGCCAAGGAGAUGCACGAGCACCAGACGAUAGCUGAGCGUCGCCAGCAGCAGGCGGAGGCGGAUGCGGCGGAGGUGCGCCGCCAGAAGGCGGCCGAGGAGGUCGCGGCCCGCAGACUCCAGCAGGAGCGCCUCGAGGCCCGCCGUGCGGAGCGGGAGCAACGGGAGGAGGCGGUGCGGCUGGAACUGCAGUCUCGCAUGACGAAGGUCGAGGCCCGCAACGCCGAGCGCGUGGCGGCGCGGGAGCGACAGCAGAAGGCGUUCCAUCAGGAGAGGGAGGCACAGGCAGCGGAGCGGGCCCGGCGUAUGGAGCGCAACACGACCGCGCUGGAGGAGCAGGCAGCGCUGCUGGAGCAGAAGCGGCUCGAGAAGGAAAAGAAGUUGGAGGAGCUGCGUCUGAUGCGAGAAACGCGCCUGGCGGAGGAGCACCGACUACAAGUGGAGAAGCAGCUGCGGGCGGCGCAGCAACGAGACGAGGCCCGGCAGCGCGCCGCGGAGGCCGAGGAGGCGGUGAGGGUGGCUGCGCUGGAGCGGCAGGCGCAGGCGCAGGCGCGUCUGCAGGACUUCUACGCCCGCCGCCGAGACGAGGCGGCACAGCGGGCGAUGGCGGAGUCAGAGCACCAAAAACGCAUCGAGGAGGCUCGCGCAGAGUCCGCCGCGAAGGAGGAGAAGUUCAAGGCAUCGAUCCAAGAAAAGCUCCAGCGUCAUGAGGAGCGCUACCAAGACACACGAGCGCGGCAGCUGGCCGACAUCGCGUGGCGGCGCGAGGCGGAGCAGGAGGAGCAGGAAGAAAAGGCCAACACCGUGUUGCAGCUACACCGCGUGGCGGAGUUCAAUAAGCUGCGCACGGUGGUAGAUCUGCUGGAGAAGCGAAAAGCGGCAAACGCCGUCACGCGGCAAAGAACGCUGAUUUGCGAACAAGCCAUGCGGGAUCGCGAGAAGCUGCGCGAGGAACGUGAAUCACUGAAGCAACAGUUAGCAUGCAAUCCGCUGUAG